GCUUGAACCUCUUAGCUGCACCUGAUCCUCACCGCCCUUCUGGCCCAUAACAACCUGCGUCCCCGUGAAAGCUCUCCUCGUUGUCCUGCACCGCUCGCUGCAUUGCUUCUUCGCUCAUCCGCUUCUGCGCUUCUGGCGCGGGCAAACAGGUGUUUGACGGUUGACACCGAACUUGAAGUACGUGCGCCAACCGGACCCUGACCUCAACGGGACAACAAGUGCAAGUGGCUAUUUCCCAGUGACUUCAUAGGGCAGAAUCUGCUCGCACCUAACUCUGUAGUGCAUUUACCUACCCUUGAACCUUCCUCGCGUCUGUUUGUUCUCUGCACAUCUCGAAAGAGGCAGCGAUAUCGCCUUCGACCGCUGCGUCUAUCUGCAUUGCCGGCGCAGACUGCAUCUCGAGUGCAGUCCUCCCCACGACCGCCAGCAUGCCGUCCUCUUCACGCCGCCGCGACAACGACGACACCAUUUCCGAGGCGAGUUCCAUCUCCUCGAGACGCUCCGUGCCAAACCCUCCACCAAUCGACACCAGGCUGUCUGAGUCUGGCCGUCCUCGCCCCAAGUUUGUCUCAUUUGGUCGCGACUCCGAGCUGGUGCCUUCUCCUAACCGCCAAACCGGCUUCACCGAGUCCUCGCCUCUCAUCAAUCCCGUCGAUCGCGCCCGUGAGACCGACCGUCUCCUCAAAGAACCCAUCCCGCCAAGCUUCGGUCAGGAGGAUGACGACUAUUUCCCUGAGUUCGAGGAGACGAAGAGCAGCUUCUUCCUCUUCCUCUUGACUCUUGGUGGUCUUGGCCUCCAGAUUGGCUGGUCUGUCGAGACUUCCAAUGGCUCGCCCUAUUUGUUGUCCCUCGGCCUCAGCAAGUCCAUGCUUGCUCUCGUCUGGAUCGCCGGUCCUCUCUCCGGUGUCCUUGUGCAGCCCUAUGUUGGUUUGAAAAGCGACAACUGUAGGAGUACCUGGGGCAAGAGACGUCCUUUCAUCUACGGAGGCGCUAUCGCAACUAUUGCUUCUCUCAUGCUGCUAGGAUGGGCGCGCGAGGUCGUCGGCGGCAUUGGCAAACUGUUCGGCGCUGACGGCGAGAACUACUACGUUGUCAACAGCACCAUGGUGUUCGCCGUCCUGCUGGUCUACGUUCUUGACUUUGCCAUCAACGUCAUCCAAGCCGCUAUUCGCGCCUACAUCGUAGACGUUGCGCCCACUCACCAGCAGGAAUCAGCCAACGCGUGGCUUAUGCGGUCCGCUGGCGUUGGAAACAUUGCUGGUUAUUUGGCCGGAUACAUCAAUCUCCCUCUCUAUCUUCCAUUCCUCGGCGACACACAGUUCAAGGUGCUCUGCGCCAUUGCUUCGAUCAUCAUGGCCCUUACCGUUGGUGUUAGCUGCACCGCCGGCGAACGAGACCCUACCCGUGACCCGCCUCCGGCGGAGCAGAAGGAGGGCGUCAUUGCGUUCUUCCAGGGCCUGUCCAAAUCUGUCAAGAGACUCCCUGACCAGAUCAAGCGUGUCUGCGAGGUCCAGUUCUUCGCUUGGAUCGGAUGGUUCCCCUUCCUCUUCUACAUCACUACCUACGUUGGUGAGAUCUACGCCGAUCCAUUCUUCGAGGCGAAUCCGCACAUGUCUGAGGCAGAGAUUGAUCAGGUCUGGGAAGACGCUACCAGAAUUGGCACUCGUGCCCUUUUGGUGUUUGCCGUCACCACCUUCUUGUGCUCUGUCAUCUUCCCCUUCAUCAUCCCACCUUCCUUCCAGGCUCCUGAGCCCGAGCCCGAGCCACCAACACCUGGCACACCUAUUAGACCUACCACACCCCUAACUCCUGCUACUCCUCACUCCAUGGGUGGCACUGGUUACUUUACCAUUAGGAAGAAGCGUACAGAGCCAGCCAAGACGAGGAUAGAGAAGUUCUCCGCCGCUCUCGAUAAGCUCCAGAUCAAGUCGCUUACCCUUCGCCGCUCCUGGUUCAUCUCGCACAUCCUGUUCGCCGUCCUCAUGGGCUUGACCUUCGUGAUCAAGUCGACCAUAGGCGCGACUAUCCUCGUUGGCGCUAUCGGUGUUCCAUGGUGUCUGACUGGUUGGGCACCUUUCUCCAUCAUCGCGUCCGAAAUUUCCAAACGCGAUGCCAUCCGCCGUGGAGCCAUCAAGCCCGCGAACGAGGAGGAACAAGCUGUCGCCGAGGGUGCUGAUGCCGGAGAUGCGGACUCUGCUGGAGUGGUCCUUGGUAUCCACAAUGUCGCCAUCGCCGCUCCCCAGGUUAUUGCCACACUCGUCAGCUCCAUCAUCUUUAGAGCUCUCCAGAAGCCUCGCGGUGUUGCUGGUGACGACAGUGUAGCUUGGGUUCUGCGCUUUGGUGGUAUUUGUGCCAUCAUUGCUGCCUGGCUCACUCUCCGAAUUCACGAAGAAAAGGACCGGGAUAUGGAGGAUGAUGUGGAUGAGGUCGAGAGGCCGACCAGGAGGAGGCGUCUGUCUGAGUUGUCCAACAUGACCUCAGUCUUGGAGGGACAGUCUGGGCGUUGAUUUGGUGUCGAUGUGAGCAGAGUACUGUUUAUUUACUGUAUCAUUGCGUUCCGUACGUGAAGAGGUUUUCGCGCGGCCCGGUGCCCGGGUCGGUUCAUCAAAAGCGCUUCAAUCCCACGCAUCACGGCGAGCGACGGAGUUACUUGACUGCAUUUCGAUUUCGAGAGUUUGGACACGCGUAUCAAACAACGUAUUACUCACUGAGUCUCUUCCAGAUGCAUCGAAAGGGUAGGGUCUAAUUUACGAUACUUUACGCAUUCAACACACCAUGUUCGCCUAACCAAGUAUGUGGCCAUUUCAAAAUACACCGAAAUGCACCAGCUGAACUGAUGAUACGCGUUUCACGAAGCUCCUCCUGGAUCAGGAGCCGUGGGGUUGUUAAAGUGCGGUCAGUCCAGCCCGCGUAGCGCCUCAGUUAGCGCCCGGCAAGGUUGCCUUCGUGCUGCACCCCAACAUUGCGUGCUCAUCCUUCAUACU